UUUAAUUUUCUUUUCGUCUGAGUGUCUGCGUAAUCACUCAGCGUCGUGAAUCUUCUAUCGCUCCAUUCGGCUAGAUUUUGCAGCCCUAAAUUACAGUUUUUUGCUUGCUUACUCCGCUUGCAGAGGAACAAAAACAAGAGGGCAGGAAUCAAGAAAAUGGAGCGACAAUGGGCGGAGAAGGAUUUCCUGAGUUGCAGUGGCAGCACUAAACUUGCCAGAGAGAUGGCCGCGGCCGCCCCCUUCGCCGAUCUCGAUCACGCUAUCCAAUAUGCUAGAGAUAUUUGGUUCAAUAAGGUCGAUGUGAAGGGCUGGCUCGAGUCCUUCGCCGCCCAUCCUGAAAUCGGAUCAACUUCGAAGCCCAUAUCACAAUGGAGUAAGGAGGAGCAGUCCACUGCGAUAGCGACUGCAGAUGGUUCCACCAUGCAGGAAUUGUUUGAGUGGAAUGCUCGGUAUAAGGAGAAAUUUGGAUUUGUGUUUCUCAUAUGCGCUUCUGGAAGGAGCUCUCCGGAAAUUCUAAACGAGUUAAAGAGACGGUUUAUCAACAGGCCCAUUGUUGAGCUUGAGAUAGCGGCAGAGGAAGAAAUGAAAAUAAUCGAGUUGCGCCUUAAAAAGCUAUUUGAUUCUAAGUUGAGAACAAGUUCCUUGCAAACUGCACAAGUAUCCGCUAGUAAACAUGAAGUUCGAGUAGGCAUAAUUGGAGGGCAUCUUACGGCUGUUGCUAAAGUCCUUUCAGAAAAACCAAAUGAAACUGCAGGUCAAACUCACCGCACUCGACCUCCGAUCACCACACACGUCUUGGAUGUUGCCCGUGGCUCGCCGGCAUCGGGCCUCGAGGUGCGGCUUGAGAUUUGGAAGGGAGAUCAGAAUUCUCCUUCAUUUGGUGAAGCAGAUUCAAGAAGCUGGAUGUUAUAUGGCUCAUCAAUCACAAACUCUGAUGGUCGCAGCGGUCAUCUGAUGCCUAUAACUGAUGAUAUUGAAGCUGGAUUUUAUAGAAUAAGCUUCAAUACUGGUAAUUAUAACCCAUCUGGGUUCUUCCCUUAUGUCAGCAUUGUGUUUGAGAUCAGGGAGUCUCAGAAAUCUGAGCAUUUUCAUGUUCCAUUGUUGCUUUCGCCGUUCUCUUUUUCUACUUAUCGUGGCAGUUAGAAUGGGGGAGGAACAUGCUAUAUGAAGGAAGUAAUUAUAAAAAUAAUUUGCAAACUCUUAGUUCUGUAAUAAAUGUAAUAACAGUUUGGAUUAUUAUUAUUAUUAUUUUAUUUUGAGAUACAUGAUUGUAAACGUAAUAAUUAUGCUCUGGAAAUUAGACGAACAUUAGCACUUGAG